GAAGACGAAGAAGAAAAAUAAAAAAAGAACUGCAGGUGGCGUAAAAAACCUAUCAAAUAUAUCGGAGGACUACAAGUAGACUGUAAUACCGUGACUGUUGCAGAAAGAUCACUGAUACCUAUAAAGUGGAACAUCUGUGUCAGCAAGGUACGAAGGAUUUAAUUACCUUUAGGGAAUCACGCGAGUUUAUGCUGCGGAGUGGUAGGGACAGGUGUCCCACGAGACCAAAUCCUUAUCCUCCUUCUGUGGCUGACAAAAUCCUCGGAAACCUUUCUGCUGGAAGAAUGAUCUGGUUGAGCUACCAAUUUACAAUCGAUUUCGAUACAAUGCAUGCCGUUAACUUGGUUUGAGACGUGAAUGUAAUUUCGGCACCUCGGGAUAGUAGGCCUGCAUACAUUAAACAUCUGACAGGUACGUUGCCUUGGCGAGAUGCAUAUCCAAAAAUAGGUGCUGUAUUGCAGCCUACUGUGGAAUGUCUGGUAUGCUUUUGUUGCGGGACAGUCUUCAGACUCUCUACCCUACUUAUGGAUUGUAUUUAUUAAAUUGAAUGGUGUCAUGUUUGAUACUGUUCAUGACUUCAAGUUUACAACCUAGGACAAAAAAUCGACAAUGGAGUCUUUCCUACAGAUAGCACCUCACUCCCUAGCUAUCGUAUUGACUCGGGUAGGCACGGGUGAUUCUACUGGUGUGUCGGAGAGCGAGGAAUUGCCGCGCCAUCACACCGGCUAUGAGAUUUUUGCGGAUUUUAAAGCAGAGAACACACAGCACGUUUGGAAUCAAAGAAUCUCAGACGCUAUAUCGGAUACAUUUUUCUUGGGCUGGAUUGAUGAGCACGUGCUGUUGAUCCAGGGUAAAGAGGAUCACCUGGAGGUUCUCAGAGAGGGAUGGAUGAGGAGAUCUCUAAAUCCGCCGCGAGGGUUCCAUAUCAAAUAUUUAGGUGAUGUGUCUCCCAUCAGUAUGUCACCCAUCAGCCAGUCACAGUUUAUCCCUCUGGGGGAGGUGCUGUGCCUGGCAAUCUCAGCCAUGAACUCUGCCCGCAAGCCUGUCACCCAGGAGGCCCUGACAGAACACCUGGCAACAUGUUUCCCAGGUGUGCCCACGCCAACAGCAGAGAUCCUCCAUCACACGCUGAGCAUGCUGGUCCGAGAGAGGAAGAUCUACCCCACGCCGGAGGGCUACUUUGUGGUCACGCCACAGACCUACUUCAUCACGCCAUCCCUCAUCAGGACCAGUUCCAAAUGGUACCACCUGGACGAGAGGAUACCAGACCGGUCCCAGCAGCAGUGUACCUCCCCCCUGUCUGGAACCAUCACCCCCUCCACCUCUGGCUGUGUCCGGGACCGACCCCAUCCCAAGAACCACGGAGACUCCUACAACAGCUACCGCGACGACCCCCCCAGCCACCACACCACCCUCACCAGGAAGUCCCCCAAGGAGCACAGAGAGGCCUACUCGCCUCACUCACCUCACUCUCCUCACACGCCCACACAGCCCCAGCCCACGUCAACCGAGAAGACGCGCAGCACCCUCAGCUUCCCGUUCAAGUCGGACUCCCUGACCAAGCACCGAGAGGGCGGCAGCAGCGGGGAGAAGCAGUCCAAGAAGUUUGGCCUCAAGCUGUUCCGACUGAGCUUCAAGAAGGACAAGAUCAAGCAGCUGGCCACCUUCUCGGCCCAGUUCCCCCCGGAGGAGUGGCCCCUGCGCGACGAAGAGACCCCGACGGCCGUGCCGCGCGAUGUGGAGAUGGAGAUCAUCCGGCGCAUCAACCCGGACCUGACGGUGGAGAACGUGGCGAGGCACACGGCCGUGAUGAAGAGGCUGGAGGAGGAGAGGGCCCAGAGGAGCAAGGCCAGCUCGUCAGCCCAGCACAGCGGGCGCAGCAGACGGAGCCGCGGCCACCGCAAGCCCCAGGCCAAGCCCUCGCGCUCCCACAGCAAGACCCGCGCCUCCCGGGGGGACCCCUCCGAGGGAUCCAACCUGGACGUGGCGGCGGAGCGGGACUACCGGGCCUACAGCUCCUCCCUGGCGCGCUCGCCGCGGGACGCGUCCUUGUCCGUGGAGCGCAGCCGUGGACGCCACCUGACCCACAGUAACCCCAACAUCGUGGAGUCCCACCUGCCCGUCACCCCGGAGUGGGACGUGUCAGGGGAACUGGCCAAGAGGAGGACUGAGAUGCCCUUCCCCGAGCCCUCGCACGGCCCCUCCCACUCCAAGGUUCACCGCAGCCACAGCCACACGCAGGAGAGGAAGUCUCGCAAUGAGCACUCGGACAACAAGGCCAAAGAGAGGUCCCGCUCCAUGGACAACUCCAAAGGGCCCUUGGGGGCUGGGCUGAUUGGGCCCCCGGAUUACUUUGAGCGAAGCCCGGAUGAAAGAGACCGAGACAGGAGCCGCUAUUACACUGACAACGGGACCCUGCGGGCCUCAGCACAGGCCUCGCACUAUUCCCACUCGCGGGCCACACCCCCUGCUGCUAAGUUAACCUCUGACAUCUGUGGGCCUGAAGGAGGGAGGACGCUUGAAAAGAGCAAAAGUAGAGACAGUUUACCUGCCUACGGCAGCCUGAAGGCUUACUCUCCCAAACCCACGGCCGAGGACUAUUUCCAGUGCGGCAAUGAGUCGGUCCUCACAGCCCCCAGCCCCCUAGGGAAACCCAAUCCUGACAGCCUGCCUAAGGUGAAGGUGGGCUGUCCGUCCGACAGACAGACUCCUCACCCCCCAGAGUAUAAAGAGGACACUCCAAAGGGACAGAACAGCGUUAGUUUAUCCAUCCCCUGCCAGAUGACCGAGCCUUUGCCGAAUGGACGUUCAGCACAGCACCACACCGCCAACCCCGGUAGCAUAGACAAGAGGAAAGAGAUCUUCAGCAAAGAUACUCUGUUCAAACCUCCGCCCAACGCUCUGCCCGGUGGCUACGGGGACGGGAGCUACUCCAGGUCAAGUACGCUGCGGAAGACCCCGGUCAUGUCGUCGGCCGAGGUGCUGGACGGCCAGGAGCACUUUGAGCCGCCAGGCCCCCUGCUGGCCACGCCCCGGCCCCCGUCCUCAAGCCCAUCGGGGAUGGACCAGACCGGACCGUGCCCGGCCGGGGAGGCCUCCUUCGACUACUACAACGUGUCGGACGACGACGAGCUGGAGGACGCCGCGUCCGCCAAACAGCCGGAGCAGGAGCCGAAGGUGCCGGAGGGCUGCGGCGGUGGCCGGGGAGGAGGGGGCACCAUGCAGUGGUUGCUGGAGAGGGAGAAGGAGAGGGACCUCCAGCGCAGGUUUGAGAGGAACCUGACCUUCCCUAACCCCAAGGAGAGUGACCACAACCACCAGAGCCAGCCGUCGGCCCACUCAGCCAGGCUGGACAGCAUGGACAGCAGCAGCGUUACGGUGGACAGUGGAUUUAAUUCUCCACGGUUUGCAGCUCGGAACAUCUGGGACCAUCGGCUCAUUUGUUUUCUGGCUGAGACCCCACCUUCCCCUCAGCCUCUUCCACGUUUCCAGGCCCAGCCUCCCACUCUCCCCAGUGGCCUGUAAUGGAAAAUAAUAUCUCUGUGUUCAGCAGAGAUGUGGCCGUCGCUCGCUACUGCUCCUCAGCAGCCUGACCUUCCUCCUCAGCCAACUUAUUCAAACAAGAUGGGCAACCUAUCAUGGAAGUGAUUGUGGAACGUGAAACCGUGUCUGCUGAAAAUGUAAAAUUGUGGUUGUAUUGGAGUGGCGGUCUUCCUUUGUAGUCUCUGUUGCCUUUUUCAUCGUCUCCCACAAACGUUUCGUUCCUGCCCUUCGAAGAAAAUAAAAUGUGGUUUUACGCUGAUAAUGUUGGCUUGGGAUCACACUAGUGAUGUAACCAUGAGCCAUGUGGAGUCAAUCAGGGCAGAUCUCCAUAAUCUCCUGUGUGACUGCUUUUGGAAAGGGCAUCGGUCCGCAGCUCUGUAACUAGGGAGAUGGAGACCCAGACCAGAAGGACAUUUACCUUUUAUGGGUGACCUGGUCUAGCUGGUGGUAAACUGAUCUGACAUGCUGUCACUGGAUAAACCAGUAAAGACACCAUUUUGAAUUUCUGUCUUGUCAUAGGCUUAUACCUCGCAUUGUUGAUAAUGUGAUUGUUAUUCUCUAUUGUACAAUGUUUGAAUGUGAGAACAUGAGACACCAUGAUUGAGUACCCCACUAUGAUUCAGUGUUCGGUAAGUUAUAUCUGGAGAUGGCACUAUAGGCUUUUGCUGGUGCAGCAGCUGUAGUUGCUGGGGGCACAAAGAGGUGAGUUUUCAUAACAAAACGAGUUGUUAGUGGGAUUCAAGUUGUACUGAUGCUCUUGUCUUCUGCAAUUGCAAUUCAUCAGGAAGGCAUAGUUGGUCCUCCAAAUACAGUGAACUACUGAAGGGAUCAUGUUAACAUCAAGAACAUUUACUGUAAUAUGCCCAAUUGUAAUUAACAUGUAGGUUUACUCAGAUAAAAAAACUAUGUUUGGGAAUUUUGCAUGGGAAAUCUGCAUUCAUAUUUCCAUAGUCAAUUGCUGGGCCUAGCCAUGGACAUGCCUACCAUUCUAAUAAGCUUAGGGUAGCUAAACAUUAUGCAAACUUUUUUUUUUUAUUAAAUUGUUUCAAAGCGGUGCCAUAAGAAACCCAUUCUUGAUAACCUUGACUAGUUAACAAAGGUAUUGGGCCCAAAAAGGGAAAGCUGCUUGCAUGUAUUUUUAGCUAAUAGAUGUAACUGCUAAGUUUAUGACGCAAAAAGCACAUUCUCUUCAUGUUCAUAUGGGCAGUGUCUCCAGACUGUACCAACUCUGCUUCCACUUUCAGCGUUCAUCUACCAUACUGCUAACACCAGCGUUGAGCCUUAAAUAUCCCCACCAACACUGAUUUGAAUCAAAUGUGUACAAGUUCAUCAUUUAGCAGAUUCUCUUAUCCAGAGCAACUUUCAGUUAAAUGUUUUUUUUUUGUAUCGGUAUUGACCCUCCUGGGGGAAUCACCCACAACUCUGGCAUUUUGACAGAGGACCUAAUGAUCUACUGAUACAAUUCAAAGAUGUUGUGCCAUGAACAAAUAAACAAAGGCCUGGUCCCCCCUCCUACAUUUACGACACUCUCAGCCCAUCUGGCAUUCCUCUUGUCUAAACACAGACUCUGUCUCAAUACUGUACUAGAAAUAUACAUUGUAGAAUUCAUUAAUACAGUUCAUUAAAUUCCCAUAACACAUUGCAAGCACAAUGCUCGCCCCACUCCACUACAAGGCUCCUGCACUUAGCACUUUGGAGCAUAUAUUAUUUUAAGAACACCUUAGAUAUUGCACCUUAAUGCAAGCAAACUCAAAUAAUAUCAAAUCCACAAAUUACCAAUCAUGGCACUGUGGUUAGAAAAUGACUUAUUUUCAGCCUUAAUAGGUAAUAAAUACCAACAUGUGUUUUACAAUAAACAGCAAUCUUAUACAGAGCCCCUAAUCUCAUUCUCCCUUCUAAUUUUUCUGUCUUCUCACUUCUUGUUAUUCCUAUGUUAGGGCAUUGGUUACAGCAGUUAGUGGUUAAAAUAUAAAGAGGAUAUCCAGUUUUGUUUUCCUGGAAGGAAACUCCCUAAUCUAAAUUGCUGCCAGUAACUGGGAAAUGUUAUAGACAUGUGUCAACAAUCGCUCCAAUAUGUUCUGCUUUCUCUAUUCCACACAAGCAUGGAAAACCCAGACAGCAUCCAAUGUUUCGGUCCUCUGUGAGCAACGACCUCGUUCUUUUCCUUUCCUUCACCAUUCUCUUUCUCUCCCUCUUCUCUUUCCCCUCUA